UCCCUUCGUUGUCCCCUUCUCCUCCACUCUACCGCGCUACUACUCUCCAAUGGCGGUGGCGAUUCCCACCUCCGCGUUCGUCUCCGCGGAGAAACCCUCGUUUCCCUCCCCAUGGCGAACCCCCUUCCUCGGCUCCUCCUCUCGCGUCGCCGUAGCCCUUGCCAAACCCUCCUCUCGAGUCGCUCCCUUUUCCCCGAUCCGAUGCGAGCAACAGCAGAAGCAGCAGGUCGCCGUGAUCCCUAGGGAUCAGCGGUUUAUGUUCGAAGGAGACGAAAUAUUUGGCCCCGUAAUCUCCUUUCUCUGGCAUUUGCUGUUGUUUUUGGUUGAUAUUUGGAACAAAACUUGGUACCCUAAGGCUGCAGAUCAUAUAUCCACAGAGAAGACAUGGUAUAUCGUCGAUGCAACCGAUAAAAUUCUUGGAAGGUUGGCAUCAACUAUCGCGAUACAUAUUAGGGGAAAGAAUCUUGCAACCUAUACUCCGAGUGUGGACAUGGGGGCAUAUGUUAUUGUGGUGAAUGCAGAGAAAGUUGCAGUUUCUGGUAAAAAGAGGACCCAGAAACUCUACAGGAGGCAUUCAGGAAGGCCUGGUGGUAUGAAGGUGGAGACUUUCGAUCAGCUUCAAAAUAGAAUUCCGGAGAGAAUAAUUGAGCAUGCGGUCCGCGGCAUGCUGCCUAAAGGACGGCUCGGACGAACUCUUUUCACUCACCUCAAGGUGUACGAGGGGCCGGAUCACCCUCAUGAGGCUCAGAAGCCGAUUCCUCUACCGAUACGGGACAAGAGAAUACAGGUAGAGAAGUAGAUGCAGUAUGUUACAGAGCUCGGAGCUUGAAGAAGAUAAAGGGGGUUAUGCAUGUUGCAGGGACUCCGAAUCGUCUUCUUUAUUCUUUUCUUUCCUACGCAAAAAUUUUGUUCAGAGGCCUAUGUUGGGGAAAAUGUAAAAUCUCUAGUUCUUUCUGAGCUUCAAAAAUUCUGUGCUGCUAUUUUUUUUUUUUCUUUCCCAUUAUGGCUGGUACAAAUGAUGUUUGGAGUAUGUUGCGUUGUGAUAAUUGAGUCGAUAUGAUUUUCUUUUGGUUUUUUUAA